AGUUUCCGGCGGACAUUAUUAGACGUAGGACUCCUCGAAGAUGGCGGCGCCCUCCUCCGAGGCAGAGCUGGGGUCCAGCUCCGAGCCGCCCGACAGUGACUUUAAAAAGCCGGUCCUGCCAUUGCCCUCGGCGUCGCGGGAGCAUACCCCGGGCCCCGCUCCUCGGGAGGUGAAGGAGCAGGAAGAGGAGAAGGAGCCGCCGCUGGCCGUCGGUCCUGGAGAGCGGGGAGUCCGGCCGGCCCAGCGGAGAGACGUCCAGGAGGAGCCCGGACCCGGGCCCCCAGCCGAGGAGAAGCCCCGGCCGUCUAGAGCAGCGGCUGGAGCUCCUCCGGCUGGAAGCCCGGUUCCGGCUCUCCCCUAUCAGGAGCCACCUUGGGGGGGACCCCCCGACGCUCCCUACAGCCUGGAAACUCUGAAGGGCGGAACUAUACUGGGCAGCCGCAGUCUGGAGGGCCGGAGCCGCUGCGUGUUCGGGCGCCUGCCCGGCUGCGACGUGAUCCUGGAGCACCCUUCGGUGUCUCGCUUCCACGCCGUGCUGCAGCACGGGGCGCGGGACCCGGCGGGGGACGAAGACCCCCGCGGACCCGGUUUCUACUUGUACGACCUGGGGAGCACUCACGGCACCUUCCUGAACAAAAUUCGCGUCCCGCCCCGCACCUACUACCGCGUGCACGUGGGCCACGUUCUCCGCUUCGGGGGCAGCACCCGGCUCUUCAUCCUGCAGGGACCAGAAGAUGAUAAGGAGGCAGAAUCCGAACUAACGGUAACUCAGUUGAAGGCUUUGCGAAAGCAGCAGCAGAUGAAAUUAGAGAAGAAGAUGUUGGGUGAAGACUCAGAUGAGGAAGAGGAGAGAGAUGCCACAGAAGAGAAGAGAAAUACUAGUAGUCAGGAUGUUGAGAUGGGGUGUACUUGGGGAAUGGGAGAAGAUGCUAUUGAAGAUGAAGUUGAAGAGAACCCUAUCGUCAUAGAGUUUCAGCAGGAACGUGAAGCAUUUUACAUAAAGGAUCCCAAAAAAGCCCUGCAGGGGUUUUUUGAAAGAGAAGGAGAAGAAUUAGAAUAUGAAUAUGAUGAACAGGGACACAGCACUUGGCUUUGCAGAGUUAGGUUGCCUGUGGAUGAUUCAUCAGGAAAACAACUGGUGGCUGAGGCCAUUCACUCAGGGAAGAAAAAGGAAGCAAUGAUCCAAUGCUCCCUGGAAGCCUGUCGGAUGCUCGAUGCUUUGGGUUUGCUGCGUCAGGAGGCAGUAUCUCGAAAAAGGAAAGCUAAGAACUGGGAGGAAGAAGAUUAUUAUGACAGUGAUGAUGAUACAUUCCUUGAUCGAACUGGCUUGGUUGAGAAGAAGCGACUUAACAGGAUGAAAAAAGCUGGAAAGAUUGAUGAUAAGCCAGAGACCUAUGAUUCACUGAUUGGGAAGUUAAAUAACGCAGAGAAGGAACUUGCUGAGAUUUCAGAGAAGUUAAAAGUUUCAGACAAAGCCCUAUCAGAGUCUACACCACAGGAUUCUUUGGAUGCAUUCAUGACAGAAAUCAAAUCAGGGAGCACAUUAGAUGGUGUGUCCCGGAAAAAGCUUCAUUUAAGAACCUUUGAGCUGAGGAAAGAGCAGCAGAGACUUAAAGGGCUGAUUAAACUUGUGAAACCAACAGAGAUGCCAGAGCUUAAAAAGACUGAAAACCAGGCUGAAAACUUGGAAAACAAGCCUAAAAAGCUAACGUUGCCUCUUUUUGGUGCCAUGAAAGGAGGAAGCAAAUUUAAAUUAAAAACUGGAACAGUAGGGAAGUUGCCCCCUAAGCGUCCAGUACUCCCUCCAAAUUUAAUAAGAAUGAAGGAUGAGCCUGAAGAAGAGGAAGAGGAGGAGGAAGAAGAAGAAGAACAUAAAGAAGAAAUAGGAUCCAUGGAUCAUGGACCUCAUAAAAUGGAAAUGCAGUCAGAAGAAGCAAUGCAAGAAACUUGUCCAACUCCAAAUCUUUCAGAUCAGAAGAGACUGAUGGAUACCGGACCUGAAACAGGAUCUUCUUCGACUCAGCCCAGCCAGGAAGGACUGAAUAAAGGAUCCCUAGAGGGCGAGGGAGAGGCCCUGGUACAAGGGGCAUCCUCGGAAUCAAAGAAUAGCUGCAAGCAGAGCAAGGAAGUACUGAAGAAAGCUGCUGGUCCAAGCAGAUUACCGCAGAUACUUUCCUCAAAGUAUCCAGAAGAUGAUCCAGACUACUGUGUAUGGGUACCGCCUGAAGGCCAGAGUGGUGACGGCAGGACCCAUCUUAAUGAAAAAUAUGGCUAUUGAUUUCUUCGAGCUCCCAAAUUCUUUCUUUUAUUUGUUACUACCCAAGAGGGGACAUUGUGGCACCUGCAUUAACUGAUGCAGCUCGUCAUCAUUUCAAGUUGAAUGGCCAAGGAGGAGGCAUUUGGUCAACUAUUUGUAAAAAACUGGAUGGCUUGAUCUCUUCACCCACAUUCUUGGCUUUCUGAACUGAUGACCUUUGAUCUUUGUCUCCUUUUGGAAAUGAUUCAUGUGCUUGGUGUUCAUGCAUCAAAGUGAAAGUUUGUGUAUGUAUAUAAGAUAAGAACUGUAUAUUUCCGGGCCAAGUAAAACAGGAGAAAAAUAUGUUUUCAUGGGUUUUCUACAUCAUUAAAUAUGAGAUAAAAAAUA